AUGGCUGUCGAAACGGAGAAGGGCGGCGGUCUUCCAGCUCAGGAUGCUCUGCCGCAGUCAGAGUCGACUGUCGAGACAAGCAUUGCUAGCGAGGGACAAGAAGAUGCUGAGCCCGUCGUGACGCUUAAGACGUGGAUCGUUUCUUGUAUUCUCUCCUGCGGAUAUGGUCUGUCGUUCUGGCCGGUCCCGGUGAUGUCGGCGAUUGGAACGUCGGUUUCUGCUGAUCUUGGAGACCCUUCGGGGUACAUGUGGUACAUUCCUCUAACCUCUCGCAGUGGCUCCAACUCUGACUUGCUUGGCCGACGAUGGUUCCUUGUCGGAGGAAACUUGGUUUGCACUGUCGGUCAUAUCAUUGUCGCGUCCGCGAAGAACUCCAACCAGGUCAUCGCCGGGUUUGCCGUCUCAGGAUUCGGCGCAGCUAAUUGCCAGAUGGCCGCAUUCGCCUUGCCCGAGCUUCUUCCGAACAAAUGGCGGCAUAUCGGAGUCGUUAUCGCCGAUUUCACCGUGUACAUCGCGGUGAUUUUGGCGCCUGUGACGGCGCGAUUUGGGUACGAGUUCGGCACAUGGGUCUGGAAUUUCUGGGCUGUUGCCAUCUUCCAAGGGCUUUCCUUCGUGGGAUUGCUGUUGUUGUACUUCCCGCCGGCACAUCCCAUCGGGGUCUCGUACAGCGAAGCGUUCAAGUCGCUUGAUUAUAUCGGUGGUGUGCUGUUCAUCGGCGGAAUUGUCCCUCUGCUGCUUGGAAUCGUUUGGGCUGGUGUCUAUGACUCCAACAACGCACAUGUCGUUGCUUGCCUGGUCGUUGGCUUUGUGGUCUUGAUUGCCUUCGCACUUUGGGAGACCUUCGCCAACCUCAAAUUCCCCUUGACGCCGACGUACGUCUUCACCAGCUCCUUCGGUCGAGACUUCACGGCCCCUGCCGUGGCCCUGGGCGUGGUCAACAUGUUCUACUACUCGUCGAGCAUUCUCUGGCCGCAGAUGACGACGGUGCUAUACACCAACGGGGGCCUGGACUGGCGGUACGCGAUUGUGUUGACUCUGCCCCAAGGAUUGGCGAUUGCUUUUGGUGCUUUCCUUCUCUCCGUCCUGGGUAGGAAGCUUCGCAACUGGCAGUGGCAGCUGACCGGAUCUGUCUUCAUCAUGGUCCUGUUUGGCUCCCUCUUGGGAAUGGCAACCCCCGAUAACAAGGGAACUAUGAUCGCGUUCAUGUUCCUGUCUCAGGCUGGAUUCGGUUGGGGGCUGUAUCUGAGUAUUGCGAUCACCCAGAUGGGUGUAGAGCAGAAGAACCUGGGCGUCAGCGGCGGUAUCUCAGGUGCUAUUCGCUUUGCUGCUGGAGCAGUGGCCACCACAGUCUACAACACCGUCUACACUAACAGCCUGUCCAAGUGGACGCAGAAGCUGGUGCCGGCCGCCGUCACUGCUGCAGGCCUGGACGAGUCGAAGGUCCCCGACUUGCUGACGGCCAUGUCGUCCGCACCGACUACAUUGGCCGAAUCCUUCGGUGCGACGGUGGCAGCGGCCGCUGUCGACGCCAACAAGCAUGCCACCUGCAAGGCAGUUUUCGUUGUGGCAAUGGUCUCCAUGGCAUUUGGUAUUGUUGGCCUCAUCGCCUGUCUUUGCUGCAAGGAUGUUGAACACAAGAUGACCAACACGAUCGAGGUGUACCUCAACAACACGGCGCAGGGAAAGCGAAACAAGCACAAAUAA